CAAGACGGCGAGGAACAGCCAGAUGAGGUAAAGCCCCAAGGUGCAAGUGGCUGUCGUGAACAUCAGGACUGCCACCAGUGGGGUGAAUGCGUAUUUGGUCGGAACGGUGAGCCGGGCUAUUGCAGAUGUAGGGGCUGGUAUGUGGGUGAUGGUGUGCGGCACUGCGGACCACCUGGAGAGACCGAAAUUAAACAAGUGGUGAUUGAGGAUGCUGGAGCAGGACAUGUUGGUCAAACAUGCGGCGAUUAUCGUUGUCAUAUCAAUGCAGACUGCGAUACCUCGUCGGGGCAUCAUGUUGAUUUUCAAAUUAGGCUGGGUGUAUCGCGCGUCUCCUAUUUACUUGAUUACCCACAGUGGAUUUGA